CCAGAAGCUCCAGAUCGCUUUUUUCCCGCUCUUAUCGAUUGGCGCCCCACCGCAAUCGCAACGAGCUUUGCGAGGGAGAAGAAAAGAGAAGUUACUCAUUGUGCUGAGAGAUGUAUCAAAUUCUUCCCAUGAGGCUAAUUCCAUUCUUUCACUAGGAAAAACGUUAUCGCUCCAUGCAGGAGCAUAUCCGACGGGCCCAUCCAAACCACUACAUUCCAAAGCUUCCGGCAACAGAGGAGAGCUUUAUCAUGAUGGUCACCACUCCUCUUGAUCAGCGCGCACACCUUACUCCUCCGCAAACCCAAUCCAGAAGACGCAAUGAUGCCGACCGAGACUUCUAUGGCCGAGAACCUAACUCUCCCGCAACCCCACGGGGUAUCGAUGAAGCGCACCCUGCCGCAGCAACUGCAGCGGUCGCACUGGCUCAAUUGCACCAUAAUCGAUUAACCUCUGAUUGGGAUACCGACGAAAUCCAUUCCGACAACGAUAUUGGGAGAGAGCCUAUGCGGUCGUCAAUUGAGCUUCCUUCGCUGCGCGACCACUUUAAACAGGAAUCGUUACCCCCAUUUUCAUCACCCCGGCCAAGAUCGCUUUUGCCUUCUAUACUCAAUCAUUCCCCACCCGGUCGCUCUUCGACGCUUCCUCCGAUUCAAAGGACUAACAAACUCCCCCGCCCUCGCAAGGGAUCCAUCUCAGGGGCACGGAAGGCGAAGCAUGAACGGCCAAAGUCGAAGGAGUUUGGCCGACGGCCGAGUCUAGGCGAUCGGAAAGCUUUAUCGGCAGAGCCACAGACCGCAGCUUGGGCACAGGGUAAGCGCUGGGAGGAUCUCAUUGAGGCAGCGACAUCAGCCACUGAGGUUGACGAUGACCGAUCUGAGAUGGGACGUUCGCCCACCAUACCACCAAUGAUUCCCAACAUUACCUCCAUCACCUCAGCACCUUCGGUCAAAGGUCGAUCAUCCAUGCCUCCUGCAUUCCAGUCCCCCGGAUUGCCACCGCCUGCCUCGCAUCGCCAUUUCCCACCGCCACACUCCUACGCAGCGUCGCCUCUCCACAAAUCUCUCACACCGCCGCCGUACGAGUUUUCGCGCAACCGUGAUACUGACCUUGAGCCUUUCCCGUCCAUUGAGUCUUCUCUAGAUUCCGCAUCCACUGCUUCGGGAAAGACCUUUAGUUACUCCAACCACGUGAAUUCAACAGGACACCCUGACUCCAGCCCAGUGCUGAAUCUGUUCCCGUCUUCGGCAGCCCAGCGGCAGCAUCACCGGUUUUCUAAUCCUACCCCAGCGUCCUUCCGCAACAAAGAGAUACAGAUAUUCUGUGCGAGCUGCAAGCGACCAUGGCCGUUGAACGAAUGUUAUGCCUGCACGGAGUGCAUCUGCGGUGUAUGUCGCGACUGCGUCGUGAGCUACAUCAGCAGUCCGCCUACGCCUUUCAAGAACGUCACCUCUAGCCCUGGCAGUGCAAUGUCUCAUGGACCAACAAGCUAUCCAAGCCCGCGAGGUUGCCCUCGGUGCCGAACCGUAGGCGGCAAAUGGAAAGCAUUUCAACUAGAUGUCAAAUAGGGCAUACAUAAUGCAUCAGACACGGAGCCCUGGCAAGGCUCUACUUAUGGCUUACGGAACUUAUGAUUAACGGCUGAGGGUCCACGGUACUCAAAAAUCACGUCUCAACGAACGACACAUCAAGCGCCAACGGGCAUCGAUGCGAUGAGUGCCCGAAUGUGUUAUGGAAGGGCUGGCCCGACCAACUACUAGCGGGUAUUCUCGCCACAGCCGGCAUGUUUGCUUGUAAAAAAGCUGGUCUUUUGAUUUCUUGGAUAUGUUUGACGGCGCACAUGUUGGUAUUAUCAUCUAGGCGGUUUAUAUACAAUGCGGUGGUAUUUUGGAUUUAUUUCUGUUUAAGUUUGAUUGCUGAUAUAUUUCAGACGAUUUGCAUGCAUUUGUGGUUGACCCAUGGGCAGUAUAUCUUGAAGGAUUUGAUCACAUUUCUGAACUGAUCAAGUUGUUUUGGUCGGCCAAUGCCGUCGUUGCUGGCUAUGGCGACUCGCCUGAACCAGCGGGCAGUUUACUCGUCCCAGAUAAUGCUGCUCAGGCCCUCAAGUGUGUUAGGCUCACCAGGCACGCCCACCAACAAAUCCGCCACGACAUCACCAAGCGCUCCGGUAUCUGGGUUCCUCGUGACAAUGGCGACGUUGGAAGAGAGCUGGUUUCCGAUAGCAACCAAGUCGCCGGCCUUGUUGAUUGCAAACGUGCGAGGUAGCACACCAUACGAGGAUGUGAUCUCUUCAAAUGCAAGCUUGCCGCUCCGAACGCGGCGCAAGUUCGCGAGGGAGUCAUUGCCAUCAAAGGCAGCAUCCAGCCUCACAGAGACAUAGACGUUUUCACCGACCAAUCUGAUUUCCCCUAGAGAAGCACCAUCCGGCAAGUCCUCGGGAUAAGGCACGUCCGCGUCAAUCCGGCGGAACGCAAGACAUCCACUGGCCGGGUAGGAAACCGCGAAAGCCUCGACUUCGCCGUUUAACUCGCCAGCAACGUAGAGGAUAGUCUGCGGGGCUUUCGGAGCACGUCCGCGGAUCUUGGGAGAGCCCUCUGCCGUCCAGAACACGCCGUGGCGCGGGCCUCCACCGGAUGUGUAGUUCAAGCUCGAGCAGGUGUUAAGCUUGCCGUUACUCUUAUCAAUCGCAAAAACGCGGACAAGAUCAGCCCCCAAGUCGGGAACGAGAACGAAACCUCCAGUCGGGUCGAGGAAAGCUUGGUGUGGGUGCGGCGCCUCCUGCCGAUCGGGGACCGCACCGGGCCCGGACAGCUCGAAUUCAAAGACUUGCAGAGGGUCGGCGUCCUUCUCCAGGGGAAGCUUGUAUGUCGAAACGGCGGAGCCGGAGCUGUUUGGUACUCAUAUUAGCUUCCAAUCAAUGACAUUCUGAAAUGAAACGGGGAAGAGCUCACUAAUGCGCGACAGCCAAAUACUGACCACCCUCCCCUUCAUAGAUCACAUUAUGCACGCCACUCCCCGGUGCAGUCCCUGUCACCGCAAUCUCACUCAGCAGCCCAUUCUCAUCAGCAGCGAGCGCCGUCAAUGACCCAUUGGCCGACUCAUAUUCGUUCUUCCAGCCAUACUCAUCAGAGCAGUAGAGCGUACGCGUAGCAGGGUCAAAGGUUAUCCAGCUCGGAUACGUCCCGCACGUCUCAAGCGACGAAGCCUGGGUAAGGGCAUAGCUUCCAUCGCUGGCGCGGUCGAGCGAAAGCGUGUAGACCGAUUUCGUCGAGUAGUGCGUUGCGUAGAGCUUUGUGGCUGUGGCGCUUGCUAGGCCGAAGCUUAGCAGCGCAAGAGGGGAAGUAAACAUUUUC